AUGUUUACGUAUAUUUUCCUAUUCUGUUGGUAUUUUAUUUCGUUUCAGCACGUAUUAAGUGAAUCAAGUGAUUCUGAUUGUUUAAAUUCGUUUAGUAGCCUUGUAUGCAAAAAACUGGCUAAUAUCCAUUUUAGUAGAACAAGUUCAUUGAUUUUCAAUAAUGCUUCUUUUACUGCAUUAAGUAAUUAUUCAGAUAAUUUUGGUCAUUUACUAAAAUUAGCUCCAGCUGCCGUUCUAAAACCGGGUGAAGCUAAAGAUAUUGUUAAACUGAUUCAUUUUGUUUAUAAUUUUAAUUCAAAAAUAAAAAAUAGAAAAACUAAAAUUUAUCUUGCUUGUCGUGGAAAUGGUCAUUCAACAAACGAUCAAGAUUUACUGAAUAAAACGGGUAUAAUUCUCGAUAUGAGUGAAUUAUCAUCGAUUCUACAUAUUAAUACUAAUAAAUUAUGGAUAGAUGUUGAAGCUGGUAUUUUAUGGUUGAAACUAUUAAAAAAAACUUUAAAAUUAAAUCCUCCAUUAUCACCACGUUCUUGGACUGAUUUAUUAACGUUAUCAGUUGGCGGUACGUUAUCAAAUGUUGGUGUUUCAGGUCAAGCAGGUCGAUUUGGUCCUCAGAUUUCGAAUGUGUUAGAAAUGGAUGUUGUAACUGGAAGAGGCCGUUUUAUUACCUGUUCGCCAAAAUUGAACUCAAAAUUAUUCUAUGCUGUCUUAGGUGGUUUAGGACAAUUUGGUAUUAUUGUUCGUGCAAGAAUUCCACUUCGUACUGCACCACUAAAAGCACGAACAUAUACAGCCGUUUAUAAUAAUAUUCAGUCAUUCACAUCGGAUCAAAAAAUGUUUUUAAAUGAUCCAAAAAAGUUGUUUGAUUAUGUUGAAGGUUCCAUAAAUGUUUCGUCAAACCCUUUUACUUUUACGAUUGAACUAGUGAAAUACUACAAUAAUUCAUCUACUUUACCAACUGAUAGUUAUUUAGCUUCAAUUUCACAUUUUAAAGCCGGUUCAUUAAUUGGUGUUGAUUCAACUUAUUUUGACUUUUUAAAUCGAUUGCAAGCAACAGUAGAUUAUUUAAUUUCAAUUGGUACUUGGAAUUUUCCUCAUCCAUGGUUAAAUUUGUGGUUGCCUGCUUCGAAUAUAACAGAAUUCUAUAAUUCUGCUGUUAGUUCAUCUAAUGCAACUUUAAUCAAUGGUCCUGUAUUAUUGUAUCCAAUUCGGACGAAUUUGAUCAAUUCACAAACAUCACUGGCUUUUCCUUCAGAUCCGUCUAAUGUCAUAUUUUUAUUUGCUAUAUUAAGAACAGCAUCACCUGAGCCCACUGCAAUUUCUGCAGCCGAAGUUGAUAAUUUGAGACUCAAAACUGCUGCAAUCGCCUUAGGUGGAAAAGGAUUAUUUAACGUUGCGUAUACAAAAACUGAAUGGAUACAACAAUAUGGAUCAAAAUAUGCCCGUUUAUCGAAAUAUAAGAAAAUGUACGAUCCGCUUCAUAUUCUUUCUCCGAAUCAACAUAUUUUUAAUUAA